AUGGAUGGAAGGAGGACUGCAGAGUGGCUUUCAGACGAGUACGCGGAGGACCCGGAUCUGAACGUGAGCCAGUGCCAGGUUUGGCAGCAGGAGGAGGUUCCUGGAGGGCGCCCCUUGAACUUCGAGCUGGGGCUGACCAGGGACCACCCCCUCAAAGCAGGGUGGAAGUGGUGGCGCAGCACAGUGGUCUCGAUGGAGAAGCUUCCAUCCGA